AUUUACUCUGUGUACAGCACCGAUUGUUGUUUGCAUAGAACACAUCGGGAACUUUUUUUUUGUAAUUACCGGCUUUCGGUCUAAUGCAGAAAAAGUAGAACGAAGUCUUUCCCUUUGCAAAAAAGAUGGAAAAGUACCACGUAUUAGAAGUGAUCGGGGAAGGGUCUUUCGGGAGAGUGUAUAAAGGCCGCAAGAAGUACAGUGGCCAGGUGGUCGCAUUAAAGUUCAUUCCCAAAGUGGGUCGCUCAGAGAAAGACUUACAAAGCUUAAAAAGAGAAAUUGAAAUAAUGAGAGGCCUUAAGCAUCCUAAUAUUGUACUCUUACUUGACAGCUUUGAGACAGAGAGAGAGGUUGUUGUGGUAACGGAGUAUGCAGAAGGAGAACUCUUUCAAAUUCUGGAGGAUGAUGGACGUUUGCCAGAAAGUCAAGUGUGUCAGAUUGCAUGCCAGCUGGUAUCUGCUUUAUAUUAUUUGCACUCUCAUCGGAUUCUUCACCGUGAUAUGAAACCUCAAAAUAUCCUCCUUGGCAAGAGUGGGGUAGUAAAGCUUUGUGACUUUGGAUUUGCACGUGCCAUGAGUGUCUCCACUCUAGUGCUAACGUCUAUCAAAGGCACACCACUAUACAUGUCUCCAGAACUUGUUGAAGAAAAGCCGUAUGAUCAUACAGCAGAUUUAUGGUCUUUGGGUUGUAUUUUGUAUGAACUCCACACAGGGGUUCCUCCAUUCUAUACAAACUCCAUCUUCCAGCUAGUAAGGUUGAUCGUGAAGGAUCCUGUGAAAUGGCCUGAUUCCAUGAGCCCGGAGUGUACGAGCUUUUUAAAAGGGUUGCUGACAAAGGAUCCUCAGAAACGAUUGUCUUGGCCACAUCUAUUGGAACAUCCUUUUGUUGCUCAAGGCAUCUUCAUUCUUUCCCAUGAAGAAAUGGACAGUCCAUUAACUGUAUGCCCGAGUCCAGAAAUCCAAGCACUUAAAUUACAACAGGCUAAGGAAAAAACAUCUCCACAUACUGGAGAGGGUAGGAUUAUUCGCAAAGCACGGGAGCAAAGAGAAAAGCGGCUUAGAGAGGAUGCCCAGGCAAACAUUCAAAAAGGAAAAAGUAUUUGUAAAGAAAAUUGUCAUACGGAGACAAGUAACCCCACAACCAAAUCCAUGCAUGAUUGUACAGAUGGAGAAAAGACAGAGUCCACACCAGGUGCACAGAUGGGCCAAAUCAGCCAUGAUUACGCCAGAGAGUUCUCUGUACUCCAAGUAGAAGGUACUGAAGUUAGCAAGAAAGAGAAAACUUCCCAAAACAACUUGGGAUCUGUACAACUUGAAAAUGGAGAAACAGAUGGUGAAGAAGAGUGGCACCAGAUGAUGGAAAUGCUGAAGACUGAUCAUCAUCAUAAACUAAUUUCAAAUCCAGAAUUUAUAUCCAGACUAAAGGGAAAACUGCAUGGUGCCAGAAUUCAGCUCUUGAGUGGGACCUUGGAGGGGGCAUAUCAGCUUCAUCCUGCAUUAGAAUUUCUGGGAAAUCUGCUGACUGUGAAAACUGACUCACAAUGCUUGAAUCAGCUAGUGCAUGAAAUAAAUCUACUUAAUUUCCUGAUGAAUAUUAUCCAACAUAUACUGGAUAAGCAAAUACUGAUGCAGCAACCUUGGACUGUGUCAAUUCUUGGAAACUUGAUGGCUGUAAUCACUUUGUAUUUAGAAAAAGAUCUCAGCUGCCAGGAACUGGUGCAAAGCCCAGGCAAUUUAGGAAACAUUUUCAUCAGAAUUCUCAUUCAUCCGGACCUUACACCUUUAAUACCAAUGGCAGGAUCCUUAUUAACAGUUUUAGCCCAUCGUGAUAUUUCCUUUGAACUGAACUGUGAUGAGUUAAUGAGAGCAACAGAACAAGCACUUUCUUCUCCAGUGGAGCAGUUUCUCUCAACUUCUGAAGGAUGUGGUCUGUUUGAUGGCUUACUCACGUUACUAUACCAAACACUGUGUGAGGCAGACAAUAACACUAUUUCUCAGUUUCUGGAUUGUGCAGUCUGGCACCUCCUUUGGCUCAGGAUCAACAUUGAACUGGAAGAUACAGAACCACACUGGAUCUGCUUUUCACAGACUGGUCUGCAGACUUUCCUGUCUCUUGCUCUCUUUUUGUUUACAAGAGCACCAUAUCAGUGUCUUCCUCUCCUGGCCAACCAUAAAGCAGACUACACACUUACACUUGGUCGCUUGCUCAUAAUUGACUGUAUGGUAUUAAUGGGUGAAAACAGUGAAGAAAAAGUUACCAGUGCUAUCCAUGACAAUACACCAUUCUGCUACAGUAGCUUGGCAGUGAUGACCUGCCAUCUGCUUUGCUUUCCAUUUGCGCUUGAUGUCCCUGAAGAGACAUUAGAAGAAAUACUGCAUUGUUACCACAGUUGUGACAUGGUGUGUCGUUUACUCCAGGUAUGCCUCGUGCUUCCUCUUCCUCUUCUGGAUCUUCCCUUGGCUUUACUUUGCCAUCUGCUUUUGAGCGACCCUAAUAACUCUAUUCCACAGUUCAUGGCUGCAGCAGAAUCGUGGGGAUUUUUCACCCUUCUUCCAGAAAAAAAAGACUUUUCCAAUAUACAUAACAAAAAAGAAAAUAUGAAUAUUGUAAAUGGCCAAGAACCUAGUGCUGCUAAAGGAGACCACACAAGCCAUUCAGAAACUAGAACUGCAAGUACACUUCUAGCAUAUUUCCUACAGUCAGAAGCUUUAUCCAGUUCAGCAGUUGAAUUAAUUUCACUACUUUCCCACAUUUCCAGGUGCUCUGGUAGUUCUAUAUUCCCUCUUCUUAUUAAUCCCUUUCUCCUGAGAAAAGCAUUACAGAAUAAGGAUGACAGUGUUCGGUCCUCUACAUGUGGACUACUAGGAAAUGCCAAUCCUUUUGUUUGCAGUGAAAACUCUGAAGAUUCAUUAUUACUCCUCUUCAAGGAUUUAAUUGCCAGAUUAAAAGAUGAUUCCUUGCCAGUCAGAAGGGCUGCUUGCAGAACAGUUGGAAACUGGGUAGGUCUGUUUCUCCCAAACAGUAUGAAUGAAUUGAUGGGAAAAGAAAGGUUGACAAAAGACAGUGCUUCAACAGAGUUAACUGUAGAGCACAGAAGGCCAAUAUCAUCUGAAAGGAGAAAUUUUCAAGUACCACCUCAUGUAAAGGAAAAUGUUUAUCCAACUAUCAGUCUGGAAAAUAAGGAAAUCUUGUCAGAGGAUAAUGCAAGCAAAAGAAUAAACAACACUGUGAAUUUUAAAGGAGGUAGAAGCGCGGUACAGAAUAUAGAAAAAAAUGACGAGGAAUCCUCCAGAGAGUCACGUAUUCAGAAAGUAGGCAAAGCUGGUCCUUUAAAAGCAACCAAUGGGCCUGUGAUAAUAAAGGAAGAAAUUAAUAGAAGAAAACCAUCCUUGACUCAAAAAUGGGAGGAAACCUUAUCUGGAGUAGUUCCUGUCCUCCUUCCUCUCAUAUCAGAUUCUGACCCUGUAAUUCGCCGGCACUGUUGCAGUACUUUGGCAAAUCUUGGACUUUCCAAUAUUCUUGGACCUUCACUUCUCCAGAGUGAUGGACUACGCCUUCUGCUAGAAACUGCUUGCAGUGAUCCUCAGUUUGCUGUACGGCAAGCAGCCCUUGGUGCCUUACGAACAUUAAGCCAGCAAGACACUAUGCGCCAGGCUCUAGUGUCACUUGAUGCCGGAGAAAAACUGCAUGCAGUGUCCCAGUAUGCAACACCGCAGAGACACUGUAAAUGGCUCGUCUCAAAACUCCGUCCUUCAGUCAGUGCUUAAAGAUUUCUGCUUCUGUCAGGGUAUUUUUCAAUAUGCCUGACCCAGGAUAUGAAUGUAUAUUAUUGUGAAAUUCUAAAAUGUAUUUUCCUCCAUAUUUAUAUUUUUUAAAUGUGUAGUAAUAAAUUUACUUUUGACACCUAA